UCGCGCUACAUCAAUCUCUACCAAUCGACACCUAUAGUUUGGAGAGACACAUAUACAAAAACAAAAACACACACUCUCUCUCUCCUCUUUCACCAAAAUUAAUGAUUGUCGAUUAGAGAGAGUAUGUAGAUACAAGAAUACCGAUACAUAUACCUAGAGAGAGACACACUGUAUAGGUUUUAUUGUACAUAACUGCGCCACUCUGAUAAUUUCCAUUUUCUUUCUUUCUUUCUUUCUUUCUUUCUUGGGUUUGUUAGAUUUCUUUUAUCAUCACCGCCCUCCUCUGAUUCUUAUUCUUGUUGAAUCUCUCUCUCUCUCUCUCUCACACACACAAUAGUUUCCAUAUAAUCCUAUUAGAUUUGUGUAAUACACCGUAAAUAUGUUUCUGUAGUAGCUGGGUAUUUGUUCUUUCUAUUGAUUACUGUUAAAUAUCGGAAUGUGGGGUUCGAUUGGGGUGAAUUUUGCUUGAUCGAUUGGAACAAUUUGGGGAAUUUUGGUUGACCCUUUUCGGCCCUUCACAGGGAACCCUGUGAAAUCUUUGGGUGCUUUUGUUUUAGUCUGCAUUCGAGAAUUGAGGGUUUUCUUGUUCAAUACGUUCUGCGCCUAGGGCACGGCUUUUUUUUUUCUUCUUCUUGGGGUAUUGGGUUAAUAUUUAGAGUAGACGGUUAUGGCCUUGAAUCGAGAAGAACGAUUUUUAGCUGGGACCGAGUUUGAUAAUAGGUAUUUCGACAAGGAAUGCCCUAAUCAGAAUCAUUAUCGAUUUGGUGAUUUUUGGGGUUUGAAUCGUGAAAUCGACAAAUUUCAUGAUUACAAAUCUGGAAAAAGUGAGAUGGUUUCUGAUGAUAGUACUGAUUUUUGGGAUUUGAAUUGUGAAGAGGGCAACUUUCAAGACCACAUACAUGAAAACACAAAGAUGGGUUCUGAUGAUAUUGUUGAUCUGUUGCCACAGGAUCCUUUUGAUAUGGAUAUUAGUACCAAAAUCACUGGUUGGUUAGAGGGUAUUAACAAGGAUUUUGGGUUAAAAGAUCUUGGUUUCUGUACAGAUGAGAUUGAGGUUGAUGUUCAAUUGUAUCCGAAAUUUAAUAUUGUUCUAAAAGGGGCUAUGCGAAUUCACCAGGAUGUAGGGGUCCCUAAAAUAGGUGAAAACUCCUAUAUGUCUGAGAUUGAUGUAGGAGAGGGAUUGCAUGAUUCCUUUGGUUGUAUGGAUGUUGAGAUGGAGGAGGUUAUAAAUUCCAGGUAUUGGGCUUUUGGAGAUGCAGCUCAUGAAGAUCAGUCGGGCAUGAAUGAUCAUUGUGAUGGGGAUGAAGGCGCUCGUUCAGAUGCGUUGUAUUUGGCCCUUAAUUAUCUUGGCUUGAGGGACCUUCUUUCUAUUGAAGGGGUUUGCAAAGAUUUAAGAGAUGUGGUGCGCAGUGAUCCACUUCUGUGGAGAAAUAUUCACGUUGAUCAUCCAUUGAGUAAUAAGAUCACUGAUGAUAUUCUUAUAAAGUUGACGGACAGGGCUCAAGGCCAUCUUCAUUCUCUGAGUCUUGUGCACUGCCCAAGGAUCACUGAUAGUAGUUUGAAUUGUGUGCUUGAAAGGAAUUCUAGCCUGAAAAAGCUUAGUGUCCCAGGAUGUGGGAGACUCACAGCUGAUGGUAUUCUCUGGAACUUAAAGCUCUUAAAGUUUGCAGGAAAACCCAAACUUAAGUACCUUGGGGUUAAUGGAUUAUUUGGUAUGACACACCAACACUUUGAAGAGUUCAAGGUCUUGUUAGGUGUCGAUAGCAGCAAGCUUCUAUCUACUCGUAAACCACGGUUUCUCCAAGGUGGCCAGUUAUCUGUGUCUUCUGAUGAUGAUUACACUAUUGAUAUUGAAAUAUGCCCGAAAUGCGAGCAGCUUAGAGUAGUCUAUGAUUGCCCCUCAGAGAGUUGCCAAAAGAAGAAAUCUACUGCUCAGUUGUGCAGAGCUUGUACUAUCUGCAUUAAACGUUGUAUCAACUGUGGGCGGUGCUUAAAUAAUUGUGAGUAUGAGGAAUUAUUCAAUUUCGACUUGGUUUGUUUAGAUUGCUGUAGGGAUUGCUAUAGGGAAUUUUUGGAUCACCAAGAGAGGCAAGAGAGAAUUACUGUUCCACUGGAAAAUCCUGUUCCUCAUAAGCAGACAAGCUGCCAUUUCUUCUUUUGUGGCUAGAACAUGCAGUAGGCAAUGCUUCUUUUGCCUAUAAGCAUCAAAUCAAAAGGAGUCCUUGAGUAUUUUAUAAUUACUGGCUAUCUCCUACCAGGCAGGGUUUUGUAAGUAAUGAUAGUGAAGUGAAGGAAGUGCGGGCAGGGUGGGGCUCGCAGAGGGUUCGACUCCUUACACAACUCACACAAUAGUGACACACUGGGUGUUGAGAUUGAGAGAGCGGUGAAAUUGUAUGUGUUUGAAUACAACUAUUCCCACUAGGCGAUUGAGAGGAGGAAGUUCAGUGAAUGGUGAAUAACUACAUUUAUGGCUGAAAUAUAGCCGGGUUGUGCUGUAUGAUGUCCCCAAUUGUGUUUGUAUUUGGACUAGGCCAUCAAUCGCCAGCUAGAUCCACAGAUCCAGAAAGUAAACACCACUUCUUGGUGAAGCGAAGGAAGAAAUUUGGCAUCAAUGUUGAGGUGGAGGGAAACACACCUUCCGUUGGUGCGUUAGCAAUUAAGAACAAGGGAAAAAAAUGUUGAGGUGGUAUGCAUUUGCUUCCUGUUCCUGUGUAUUCUAUAUCGUUAUUGUAGAACUGAAUUAUCUGCUGUUGCUAGUGAAGUUUUCAUCAUCAGAGCCACCCGUAAUGCACUCAUCUUCAAAUCCUUCAAGAGAAGGGUGAGGAGAGUACUGUGGCUUUUUCCAGAAGAUCAUAUUUGAUCUUUGAGUGAUCUCUCAUGCUUGAAAUCAGAUCCACUAGUGUCAAUACCAAAACUUGGCACAGUUCUUGCAUGCGUAUCUUCCCACAUAACCUGCAACUACACGCCGUCACUCCAUGCUUCCUCUUGCAGUGGUUUUGAAGUGUUCUGAAGUCCUUCAAUGGCUUUGCUCGUCAGUGGUUGAUAUUGUUCUUAGAGCCUGGAGCACAGCAGUGUGAGUGAUCAUAUGUUAUCUGUAAGCAUAGUUUAUAUAGUUCUGGGUUAUCCCAAACCAUAUUACAGAAAAUUUGUUUGCUUAUAACAAAAAAAGGAGUGCUGUAGCUGAUGUGCAUGUAUUUUUCAAAGGCCUAGUAACAUAUGCUUCUGUAAUCAGUUACGGCUUAUGAAGCAGUUGGUAGUCCAACAUUUUGACUUCCCGGUUACUGAAUACUAAUACUAUAUUGCUAUUGCAAGUCCA